AUGACCACCAAGCAGGAUUUUUCGUCAAUUUAUCUGUGUGCCCCUCGCCAAGGUACAAGUCGUAUUGAUGAAGGAAGUGUUGGAGAACAAGACUUUACAAGCGAGUUUGAAAAUGUUGUGACCUACAACAAAGAAGGUAACGUCGAAAAAAAUCAUAAAUUUCCAGGUUUGAAUUGUCUUUACUCGUCAAUGAUUAGCAAGAAGAUGCUAAAGCGCAGGCGAGAUCUCGGAGAAUCCGAGUUGUCAAACACCGAAGGUGUGUUGGUCAAAUCGCGGGCUGAACGUGGGGUGGCACGUAACCCACUGAGCACUGCUCAAUCAUUGAAGCAGUUGCUGCAUGCCAAGAGUGACAUGGUCGGCCAAGGACCGAGGCAUCAUGGUUUAAACUCUUGUGAUGCACGUGAAAUGGCGCGUAAACCACUGAGCAGUGUUGCGUGA